UUGGCAUGUGCUGGAAAAAGUGAAAAAAAGUCGUCAUGAAUUUUGAAGAAUUUGCCGACGCUAUGGUAGUAGAAGCUCGCAACCAGAGCUGGAAGGAAGUCAAGGAUUCACUCUCGCAUUUUACAAACGAGUUUAAGUCGGAUGAUUUCAGGAAUAAUGCUGGCCCUCGCCUCUUCGGACACUUGGCCAACACUCUUUCCUCCCUGAAAAACAAACUGAUGUCUGAGGAAGACAUUCCCAUCGAGGUGGAGUUCACAGACUGUUUGGCCGAGUAUUACCGCUGUCUGCGAAACGCUUGUGCGAGUUGCCACGACAACCAGGAGCUGGCUCGCAGCACCCUUAUUCUCAUGAACACGAGAGACAUUGUGCAAAAACUAAACACGGAGAACCGAGAUGAGACUAUUGUGUGCGUGCUGCAGUGUGCUGUCCAGUUCCUUGGCAACACGUGUGUCAGAAACAGCUUCAACCAGUCGACGGUGUGGGACAUGUUUCUUUCAGAUGAUUACAGGAAUCUCUUGAUGUCGGGCGAUGUGCCGCUGGCUGAUUACACCUGUAUGUUGCUCCACACCUGUAUACGGGGUCUGCUCGUCCAGGGCAGUGCUCACCCCACCUACCAGCAGAAGCAGCAGCACCUGAGUCAGCGUGACACGGAGGACUACCCACACGACAUCCUGCAGGACCCUGGGGUGCAGGAGUAUCUCACAGAGGCCAUCAGACAGUCAGCGGCUAACGAGUUUGAGUGGGGUGUCUACUUGAUUGAGGAUCUAUGUCAGUUUGAAACCUUUUUGUCUGUUUUAUACGACAAGCUCACUGAUAAGGAAAGGAUAUUUGUUGUUGAAGUUCUUAUCAACCUUCUCAAGCAAAUGAGUGACUGUCUGACCCACGACAGAAAGAUCGGAGCUGGUGUGACAAAUUCGGAUAAUUGUGCAGCUGUGGCCGAGUCGAAGAUGACGGUAGAUGACACCCCCGAGGAAAUCGCCUCCUCCAUGCCCAACCGCUACGUCGGUAUCGACAACCUGCGCUUUCUCUCUGAAGAAAUCCAAUCCAAAUGUCUGCAGGUUAUAAGGGUGGUGGUCAUGAACUGCGAGUAUUCCUUGACUCCCUGGCUGAUCGUGAAGAACAUUGAGGCGCUGGGUAUCGCCACGUCACUUCACACCAUCUAUGGAGCAUUGCAGGAGGACACAGACCUCUUGAUGACGUCCCUCGAUUUAUUAAAUGGAAUCCAUGACAUCAACAAGGGAGGAGAAAACCAUUUUGUUGGAGCAGAAAAACCAAAAGAAAUUGACCCGAGUCAUCCGUCAUUUUGCUUGAAGCGAGAUCUGGUGCGACUGAUCGCCAACAUGGUGUACCAUCAUCCAGUUAAUCAGGAUCGGGUUCGAGAAAUGGACGGAAUUCCCUUACUUCUUGACCUGUCUGGUGUUGAUGACAGAAAUCCAUUUAUAACGCAGUGGGUUGUCUUGGCAAUCCGCAAUCUCCUGGAGGGCAAUGACGAAAACAAAGCGAUUGUGAACGAAAUGCAGAUGGAAGGAAUGGCCAACAACGUCAGUCUGUUGAAGGAGUACGGCAUUUCCGCGGAACUCCAGGGAAACAAGAUCAUCGUGAAGCCACCCAAACCGGGACAUGGAACAUGAUGAAGAAAACCCCACCCCACACACGCACACAAAAAAUAAAAUAAAAAUCCUGUUUUAUUUUUAAUCUAUAUGUUUAUCAUAAGCAGAGAUACUCACAUCGUACCUGUUUAACACAAGUGUAUCCCUGACUUGUAGUGGGUUGUGGACAAGAUCAAAUGUUUUAUAGAAAGAGGAACUAUUCGGGUUAGAGUUUAGUAUCUUGUUGUACGUCAUUAACCGCCGGUUGGUGGAACGAAUGUGGUGCUUUACGGUUGAAUUAUGGAAACAGAAAUGUGUGGAAGGUCAGCAGUGGAAAGAAAACAUGCCUCGGAUAUACAAGAUAUUACAUUUUAUGGCUAAUUACACAGUACAAAUUAAAAAAAACUGCAAAAAACUG